AUGGGGCUGUGCUACAGUUUGCGUCCCCGGCUCUUCGGGGACCUGAGCGGGUCUAUCUCCAACGCUACCUCGGACUCGGACCAGCCUCCGGACGCCGCCGUGCCGACCCGCGCCGGGGGAGCUCGCCAGGAGGACACCGGGGGAUGCGGGGAGACUUCGUCGCUACGCGGCGGUGGUGGCGGCCCGGUGCGCCCCGGGGACCCUGCCAGGCUCCCGGCUGGGGAGCACCGCCGUGGAGACACCGGCACAGACGGUGUGCUCAUACAAAACGGUGGUGGCGGUGGUGGAGGAGGCGGCGGUGGCGGCGGAGGUGGUAGCGGUAAGGGGACAGGGAAGGACCGCGGCCGACGCUUACAGCUGCUGCAAAAGACUAGCACCCAAAAGCAGAAAAACUGGGACAAAUUGCUGGUGGAGGAGAAGGAGGCCGAGAAGGAGGCGAAGAAAGUCAGUAAGAAUAUUGACAGGGCGCUGAAGGAGCUCAAACGGGAGUAUAAACAGACGCAUCGGCUGCUGCUGCUAGGUGCGGGAGAGUCCGGAAAAAGCACCAUUGUGAAGCAGAUGAGGAUUCUACACGUCAACGGCUUCAACGCGGAAGAAAAGAAACAGAAAAUCCAAGAUAUUCGGAAAAACGUGAAGGAUGCCAUAGUGACUAUAGUGUCUGCGAUGAGCACUUUAAUACCCCCUGUCCCGCUAGCCAACCCAGAGGACCAAUUCAGAAUCGAAUACAUCAAAAGCAUAGCACCUCUCUCUGACUUUGACUAUUCACAGGAGUUCUUUGAUCACGCAAAGAAGCUGUGGGAUGAUGAAGGAGUGAAGGCAUGCUUUGAGAGGUCCAAUGAGUACCAGCUCAUCGACUGCGCACAAUAUUUCCUGGACAGAAUUGACUCUGUAAGACAGAGCGACUACACACCAACGGACCAGGACCUGUUACGCUGCCGAGUGUUAACUUCAGGGAUUUUCGAGACGAGGUUCCAAGUAGACAAAGUGAACUUUCACAUGUUUGAUGUUGGGGGCCAGAGAGAUGAAAGGAGAAAAUGGAUCCAGUGCUUUAACGACGUCACUGCUAUCAUCUUCGUGGUGGCCAGCAGCAGCUACAACAUGGUAAUAAGGGAAGACAAUAACACCAACAGGCUACGGGAAGCCCUGGACCUCUUCCGCAGUAUUUGGAACAACAGAUGGUUACGCACUAUAUCGGUCAUAUUAUUCCUGAACAAGCAGGACAUGCUGGCUGAGAAAGUAUUAGCUGGAAAAUCCAAAAUUGAAGACUACUUCCCUGAAUAUGCUCGCUACACCAUACCAAAUGAAGCAACUCCCGAACCUGGCGAAGACCCGAGAGUGACGAGAGCUAAGUUCUUCAUCCGAGACGAGUUUCUUCGGAUCAGCACUGCGAGCGGCGACGGCAGACACUACUGCUACCCCCACUUCACCUGUGCCGUGGACACAGAGAACAUCCGGCGGGUGUUCAACGACUGCCGGGACAUCAUCCAGAGAAUGCACCUGCGGCAGUACGAACUCUUGUGAUGGGAGACCGCCGCCGUCAGCCUUCUGUGUUUUUUCUCCACCAUUCUGCAUCCUUGACGAACCCUUCUUCCUCCUCCUCCUCCUCCUCCUCCUCCUCCUUCCUCCUACUCCUCUUCCUCCUCCUCGUCUUCACCCCAAAACUUCACCCUUCUCCUCCCCCAAAGAAACCCUCAACAACCCCUGACCACCCCUCCUGUCGAGGACUAUGAAGUACUACUGAAGUGUGUC